AUGUCGCGUCCGGCCGCGGCGCGUAAGGCGCCUAAGGGCGAGUACAUCGAGACGGACUCGGGCAACAAAGUCUCGCGCAAAGCCCACAUCUCGGGCACCGCCAACAUCACCCUCGGCGGCAAAACCGUCAUCAUGGCCGACGUCCACCUCCGCGGCGACCUCCACCGCCUCAAAUCCUCGCACACAGCCACCCACUCCACGACCGACGCAUCCGGCGGCGCCGAAGCCACGUCGACCGCGAAAUCCGCCGCCGCCCCCUCCAGCUCCGCCAACGCCAUCUCCAUCGGCCGCUGCACCGUCAUCGGGCCCAACUGCGUCAUCAAGCCGCCGUCGCGCAUCUCGCGCGGGCAGCUGUCGUACUACCCCAUGAAGAUCGGCGACAACGUCUUCGUCGGCGCGGGGUCGCACGUGUCGGCGGCGAGCGUGUCGAGCCACGUGCACGUCGGCGAGGGCUGCGUGCUCGAGCCCUUUUGCAUCGUGCGCGACAACGUCAAGAUCCUGCCGCGCUCCGUCGUGCCCGCCAACAUGGUCAUCCCGUCGAAUUCCAUCGUCGGCGGGAGGCCCGCGCGCGUCGUCGGCGAGCUGGGCGAGGGGUGGGGCGUCGCGGCCGGGGGCGGCGGCGGCGGCGAGGGGGGCCCCAUGGGCCAGGGCGAGGUGUGGGUCGAGGGCGGGGAUUUGAGGGAGUUGGUGAGGAGCGUGAAGUGA